CUAUGGCACGCCCAGCGUCCUGACGUACACGGAAGUUGAGCCACGUAGCCGAAAGAUUCACAAGUCCGGUCCUCGUUGCAAAUAAUAUUGCAAACAACAAACACGAUGGCCCACUUGGAGGAAGUGUCCAAACUGUCUGAGGUGCACCCCAAACCCCCAGGCUUGAUCUUGCAGUAUGGCACUGCUGGCUUCAGGACCAACGCUGGCCGUCUUGAUCACAUCAUGUUCCGCAUGGGUCUGCUGGCCACGCUGCGAUCCAAACAGACCAAAGCCGCUAUCGGGGUCAUGGUCACUGCCUCCCACAACCCCGAGGAAGACAAUGGAGUGAAGCUGAUUGACCCCAUGGGCGAGAUGUUGACGACUAGUUGGGAGGACUACUCCACCCGGCUGGCCAACGCGGAGCAGCAGCAGUUGCUUGCGGUGCUCGAGGACAUUGUGGAAAAGGAAGACAUCGAUAAGAGCCAGAAAGCCUUGGUGUUUGUGGGCAAAGACACCAGGAGCAGCAGUCUGAGCCUGUCUCAAGUGGUACUGGACGGUGUGUCCUCAUUGGGAGGGUGCAGCAAAGACUACGGCUUGGUAACCACGCCACAGCUCCACUACAUGGUUUGCUGUCACAACACGCAGGGGCGCUACGGCGAAGCCACGGUGGAAGGAUACUACAUUAAACUCUGCCGGGCAUUUAUCGAGCUCACCAAAAAUACACCCAACCGCACGGAUGACCAGAAGCACCUGACGGUGGACGGCGCCAAUGGCAUCGGCGCACUGAAGUUGCGCGAGAUGGAGCAUCACCUCAAGAGAGAGCUGCAGAUUUCCCUCUUCAACGAAGGGCACGGAAAGCUCAAUCAUCAGUGCGGGGCCGACUUUGUCAAAGUGCAGCAAAAGCUGCCCACAGGCAUCAAGGUCCAGCGUGGCGAGCGCUGCUGUUCAUUUGACGGAGACGCCGACCGCAUUGUUUACUACUACACCGACUCCGACGACCGCUUCCACUUGCUGGACGGAGACAAGAUAGCGACGCUCAUUAGCACGUUCCUCAAAGAACUGCUCAUGCAGGCCGGCCUAAAUUUGAAGAUAGCGGUGGUGCAAACGGCGUAUGCUAACGGCAGCGCUACGCUCUACUUGGAGGACACCAUGAAAGUGAUUGUGAAGUGUACAAAGACGGGAGUGAAGCACCUCCAUCAUGCAGCGCAAGAAUUUGACAUCAGCGUUUACUUUGAAGCUAACGGCCACGGGACGGUGUUGUUUAGCCGUGCAGCCGAGGAGAAGAUCAAGCAAUUGGCUGAGGACGUCAACACAAAUGACACGAGGAAGAGAGCGGCCAUUCUUUUGCAGCACACCAUCAACGUCACUAACCAGACAGUAGGUGAUGCUGUUUCUGACAUGCUGCUGAUCGAGGCCAUAUUGGCCUUGAAGGGAAUGACGGUGCAGCAGUGGAACACCAUCUACACCGACCUGCCCAACAGGCAGCUUAAAGUCAAGGUAGCGGACCGGCGGGUGAUCGACACAAGAGACGCCGAAAGACGUGCGGUGACCCCAGCGGGCCUGCAGGACGCCAUCGACGCCUCCGUGGCAAAGUAUCGACAAGCUCGCGCUUUCGUGAGGCCGUCCGGCACCGAGGACGUGGUCAGGGUUUACGCUGAGGCGGGCACUCAGGAGAGCGCUGACUCGUUGGUACAUGAAGUGAGCCUUGCAGUGUUUCGUCUUGCUGGCGGGGUGGGAGAUGAACCAAAACCUUUGCACUAGAACAAAUCUUAGGAUCUUUACUAUUGUUAGCUAACACUCGAACUUGUGUUGUCUCGAUGCCAGCCUGUUUACCCUGAUACUGAAACUGCUGACGAAAACUUAAAAAUGCAGUUAUAAAACACAUUGACACCUAUUCAAUGAUCAUAUUAUUUGGUAAAAUUGUUUAAUCGUUGACAUACUUAUUGUUCAAAUAAAUUAAAACGUGAUUUUUUUUUAAAAAUGAUUCAUCAACAAAAUAACCAGCAGAUAAAUCAAUUACAAUAAUCAUUGGCAGUGUUUGCAAUGUUAUCAAUGAAUCUGUAGCACUGAGUUGCAGUGCAAUCAAGUAUUGUACCAGCUUUUUAUUCUUUUCUUGACCUCUGAGCUCAUGAAAAUGUAUGACUCUACUGUUGUUUACAAUCAAACCAUGCACCACAAAGUUAUAUAUUUUUUAAUACUAUGACCAGCUUGUUUUUUUGGGUUAACAAAUUGUGUUUACAGCUGGCAGUUAAAACAAUUAGACUUUCUGGUUGGACUUUGCUGCACAAACAAAUAUGGAAUUAUUAAAAAUGUGACUGAAUCUAAA